AUGGGGGGCCGCCUGCUGAGAGAAAGGGAGGCUUUGCGGAGCCGCAAGGCUCAGGUGGAGCUGAUGCUGGAAGGACUGGAGACCACGCUCCAGGCGGAGGCCCCAGUGGCGCCCGUGGCGCCAGUGGCGAUGCCGGAGCAGGUGACGCUGGCCAGCCCGGCCAGGCCCGUGGCCAAGGAGGUGCCGCCUCCUUUGCUUCAGCCGUCGGCGCCCAACGAAUUGGUGACGUUGGCCAGCCCGGCCCCAGCACGGCUGGAGGUUUCAUCGGCGGGUUUGCCGACGGCACAGGCGGAAAUGACGGCCCAGGAGUUGCCCGAUCCGAAGGAGUUGCCGCCGCUGCCGGGCGCGGCGGAAGCUCUCCCGGCGCCGAAGGCAGCGGGGCUUCCGCAGGCGCUCCUUGCUGGCAGUCCAGGGGCGGAGGGCGACGGCGGCGAUGCGGCUGCUGGAGUAGGCGAAGAACGUGUGGAUGUGCCAGAAGCAAAGGCGGAGGCGACAGAGGCGACCGAGGAGCUCGCCGAAGCCGUGCCGUCUCUCGCAGCGCCAGAGGAGGUCAUGGCCCGUGUGGAGGAUGGGAACAUCCGGCUGACCUGGUUCUUCGACGAGGAGGUCUUGGAGCAGAAGGCGCCGCACCUCAGCUUCGAGAUCCACCAGCAGUCCGAGGGCGUGGCAGGUCGCUUGCGGAUCCGCCAGUUCGGCUGUCCGGCGGUCUUCGCCGCCAAAGACGGCGCGGUGCAGGAGCAGAGCUUCCUGGUGGAGGGUUGCGCGCCGGGCAGAGCCUACAACUUCACCAUCCGCGGGCGUUUGCAGCCGCCCAACACGGCGCCGUGCUUCUCGGAGUUCUGUGAGCCGGUGACCGCCUGCGUAGGCGCAGGCUCGGCCAAAGCGCCGUCACUUUGCUCCACGACUGCCUCCUGGGACAAAGGCGAGACGUAA